UCCCCUUCAGAACAAAAUGCACGUGCUAAAAGAAGUUUUCUAUGCCAUAACAGGAUUGCUUCUCUGACCCAGUGCUAGAAUACACCUGAUGAUAGAGCAAAUGGAUUGGAAAUUUCAGGUUCAAGCUCCAAAAUAAACCCUGGGAACUGAGCAUUACUCAGCAGACAAGCUGCUUAAAAGGAGGGGUUCCAGAUCUGUGGAAGACAUAACCUUGUGCCUGCUUGCCCACCCCACUCUCCAACCUUGCUAGUCUCUCAGGGUCUGAGACAUUGACCUUCACCACUCAGCUUAAAGGCUCUGAGGACUCCACUUUCUCUAGACCUGUCCAGCUGAGUAAACCCAGGGUGUUGUUACACCUGAGGGGAGUGAGGAGUGGGCGGUCAAGGCACCAGAGCAAGAGCCCUCUGGGGCCUCAGGCAGAGGCGUGAAACUGGAACCAUCGGGGAGCAUGAGUGAAUUUUGGCACAAACUGGGCUGCUGCGUGGUAGAGAAACCCCAGCCGAAGAAAAAGAGGAGACGGAUUGACCGGACCAUGAUUGGGGAACCAAUGAAUUUUGUCCACCUGACUCACAUUGGCUCUGGGGAGAUGGGUGCCGGAGAUGGACUUGCCAUGACAGGUGCAGUUCAGGAGCAGAUGAGAUCCAAGGGAAACCGAGACAGACCAUGGAGCAAUUCUAGGGGCUUGUAGCUCCAGUACGACUGGUUCUGCUGUGUGUGCAGCCUUCACCCUGUCCAGCCCAGAAGAGAUGCUGGCCCUACCAGUUUCCCUCCUAGAAUCAGUAACCCCAGGACCCCUCUUCCCUAUCUGUCUAAUAGUGCCUCAAAUGGCUUGGGGGCUGGACUCCCUCUACUCUCUCUGGCUGUAGCCCCUCCUGGAGAUGGGGUCAAGGCAGCAGGACUGACCAAGUGACUACUGGUUGGCCAGAAGGAGCUCAGCUGAAGCCCUGGACACUAUGAGAUCUGAGAUAGGAGUUUUCUGGGAGCUUGGAAUGAGUUCCCUUCUCCUGAAUGACGGUCUAGGUGCCAUAUGUUUUUAAACUCUUAACCUGGAACUCCUUAAAUGUGGUGGGUAGGUGAGAUUACCAAAGCUGAAGCCGGCUUUGCUAAGAAGCUCCCUACCUCCCUGCCCUUAUCUUUCGUCCUGGAAUGAACUGAAGGAGAUGUCAAGCAGGGCCUGGGAGGGUGACCACUGGCUAGUCUACUUUUUCUCUUUAGAUCUCAGACUUGAAACUCAGUCCCUCAGUAUCUCUCUGCCGAUAUCAGGGUCUUUCUCUAGGUAGGCCUCUAACCCUAUGUUUCUGUAGCAUUGCUGGCUCCUAAGAUCUCUCCUUUUUUUAAAAAAUUAAUU